AUGAUAUUGCAAUAUAAUAUUGGAGGAAAUAGUGGAUAUAGUAUACAGUAUUCACCGUUUUUCGAUAACAGAUUGGCGGUUGCUUCAGGGUCUAAUUAUGGGCUCGUUGGUAACGGUAAACUUUUCAUUUUAGAUAUUGAUGAAAGGGGAAAAAUAAAAGAAAACAAUAUAUUUAUUACACAAGAUUGUCUUUUUGAUCUUUCCUGGAAUGAGUUACAUGAGAAUCAGGUAUUGGUUGCACAAGGUGACGGCUCGUUAAGAUUAUUCGAUACAACUUUACAAAAAUAUCCCAUUGGAAUAUUUAAAGAGCAUAAAAAAGAAGUUCUAAGUUGCAAUUGGAAUUUAAUUACGAAAGGUACUUUUGUCAGUAGUUCCUGGGAUGGAGCAGUAAAAAUGUGGUCACCAUUGCGAGAACAAUCUUUAUUAACUUUAUUGCCUAAAAGCAGUGAACAAAGCUCAAAAAUAAACCAUAAUCAAAUUGCUAAGAUUCCACCUCAUGUUAACAAUAAUCAAAGUACACCCAUUUUGCAAAAUAAGGAUUGCGUUUAUCAAGCUCAAUUUUCUCCUCACGACAAUAAUCUAAUUGCUUGUUGCUCAGGCAACUCAUAUAUUACAUUAUUCGAUACAAGAGAACAAAAUAACAGAUUCAACAACAAUAGCUUCAUUGCACAUUCUGGGUUAGAAACUUUGACUUUAGAUUUUAAUAAAUAUCGUCCAACCGUUCUAGCAAGUAGUGGAGCCGACAACAGUAUAAAAAUCUGGGAUAUGAGAAUGAUAAGAAAUAACAACAGCAACAACACUGUAAUGCCUACCAGUAAUCCAAUUUGCAUGAAUGAAAUACGAAAAGCUCAUGAUUUAGCCGUGAGAAGAGUCGUAUGGUCCCCACAUCAGUCCAAUUUACUUCUUUCGACUUCUUACGAUAUGACAAGCAAGGUCUGGAAAGACUUCAGUUUUGAUGGAUCGAAAAUCACCGGUAAAACAAACAGCAUAGAUCCUGGAAGCGGGCUAAUCAAAACAUUUCAUCACCAUACAGAAUUCGUUUUUGGAGCAGAUUGGAGUCUUUGGGGACAACCAGGAUUCAUAGCAACUACAGGUUGGGAUUCAAAGGUAUAUAUCUGGAACUGUUUUUACCCAUAA